AUGAUAAAAGAUCAAAAUGGAAAAUGUAAUAAUAAUAUUUCAUAUUGUUUAAAUAAAUCAUAUGUUAAUGGAAAAUGUGUUGAAUGUUUAAAUACAUAUUCACCUAAUUUGAAGGGAGAAUGUAUUAAUACAAAAAUAGAAUAUUGUGAAGAACAAAAUACAUAUGGAUGUAAAAGAUGUAAAGAAGGAUAUUAUUUAACAAAAGACAUGAAAUGUUUAAAAUGUGAUGAUAAAUGUGAAACAUGUUAUGGAACAUCUACAUAUUGUAUGAGUUGUUCUAAUGAUAAAUAUUUAAGAAAUGAUAAAACAUGUCAAUCAAAUGAAGAAUUAAAUGGAACAUGUUUACAAUUAUUGCAAGAUGGAAGUGGAUGUGGAAUAUGUAAUAAAGGAUAUUAUAGAAAUGGGAAAGGAUGUUCAAAAUGUGAAAAAGAAUGUUUAACAUGUAAUCAAAAAGAUAAAUGUAUAAUAUGUGGAGAAGGAUAUUUUAUGAGUUCAACAGGAAUAUGUAAAUCAACAACAACAAUUAAAGGAUGUAAAGGAGAAAUAGAUAAAGAAUAUGGAUGUAGAGAAUGUUUACAGGAUAUUAUUUAA